UGCUCACGCCGUGGAGACAGCGAGCAGCGCGGCUUGCGAGCCAAGGGGCCGGGGAGAGAGUGGGCGCUCGCUCCGGGCAACCCCAAUGCGUGGACUAUCUGCGGCUGCACUAUGCUGGAGCCACAGUGCCGCUGAACGGAGAUUGCACGCGGCCGGCUGGGCUGGACUGCAGCGCUGUCGUUCCUUAUGAAGAAGACACAAACUUGGAUUAUCACUUGCUUUUAUCUUCAACUGCUCCUACUUAAUCCUCUUGUCAAAGCCCAAAGUUCCUGUGGGAAUCCAGUGACAGAUGAUGUGAAUGACAUUACAAAACUGGUUGGAAAUCUUCCAAAUGAUUAUAUGAUAACCCUUAGGUAUGUUCAGAAGAUGGACACUCUGCCUAAUCACUGUUGGUUGCAUUUGAUGGUGCCUGAGUUUUCAAAAAGUCUGCAUAAUCUUCUGCAAAAAUUUUCAGAUAUGUCUGAUGUUUUAAGUAACUAUUCAAUCAUCAAUAAUCUCACGAGGAUAAUCAAUGAUAUUAUGUCAUGUCUAGAUUCUGAGAAAAAUAAGAAUUUUAGAAAAGAAAAUGUUCAUCUUUAUGAAGAAGGCAGGUUUAUUCCUGAAGAAUUUUUUAGGCGCUUUAAUAGCACCAUUGACGCCUACAAGGAUUUUGAAGAAAAAUCAGAUCAUAGUGACUGUGUUCUGCCGUCAACAACAGAAACACCAGAGAACAAUCCAAGAGUCAGUGUAACAAAUUCAUUUUUGUUACCUCCUGUUGCUGCCAGUACCCUUAAGAAUGACAGCAGUGACAGUAACAAUGAGGCACUCGACUUCAUUAGCAGCCCCAGCCUGAAAGUGAUAAGCAUAGCCCUGCCGUCAUUGUUUUCUCUUCUUAUUGGCUUUACUUUGGGAGCCAUCUGCUGGAAGAAAACACAUCGCACACCCAGACCAGAGAGUGAUGAAACAACACAGUGUAAUAACUGUCAAGAGGAUAAUGAGAUAAGUAUGUUGCAGCAAAAAGAAAAAGAGCUCUUACAAGUGUAGCUGUUGCUUUUUUCCAACACUGUUACUGUUUCAUGUACUGGCAGCCAACAGUUCCAUGUUUGCUUCAUAAAUGAAGCAACUUUAAGCAUAUUCAUAUUCCUUGUGGAGUGACAGACUGAGUCUGCAUUGAUUGCUGCCCAGGAUCCAUACUGAUUCAAAGAGAUGAGAAUGAAGUGUGUGUUUGUUACUGUGAAACCAGCACUGAAUUGAACAGCAUCAAGAAGAGUGUGCUCUGAGCAGGACUCUAUUUUAUUCAAAUACCUACCUUGUGUGGAAUUGGGAGUCAUUGAACUGUAUAGUCCUUACAGCUGAUUCUGGCAAAGGAAGUAGGUGGCCUGAACCAAAAACACAUCUUUCAAAUGCCUCCAGAAACAUGUAAUCUUUGAAAGUCAUAAGGAAGUUUGUAUUCUUAAUUUACAUCCUGUGUCCUCUUGCUUACCCUGAUGCCUACAAAUGGAGUUCUCUGAAUUGAAAAAAAAAAUGCAGAAAUGGAUACAGAAACAUACUCUUCAGUAUUGUUGUAUAAAACUUGCAAGUCAGGUGGUGACUGGACCAGUGUGCUAGCCUUUCACUUCUAAGGAACUGGUUUCAUAUCUAGCAAAGGUCAUAUGUAAAAUGACAUGUGGUCUCUAUCUUGUGCCAGGUGGAUGUAUGUCCACCUCAAAAACCUCCACAGAACUUGGCUUGGCUGGUGAAGCAAAGGAGAAGCAAAGAAUGAAUCAGAAAGAAGUAAAGCGGAAGUGACAGUAGCAGGAUGGAGCUUUGACAGCAUUAGGAGAAACUGUUGUAUGUGUGAAGACUCCAAUUAAAAUUCCAGCCAUAGAAUGGGGAGGGAAAACAAAGUUUGAAUUGCAUUCAACAUCUGGAAUAACAUUACACUCAUGAAACCUUUUCUAAAUAUUGAUGAUGCAUGCCACUGAUUCCUUAGCUUAUAUAAGAUGUAGGAAAUGUGGAAGAUACUGAGACUGAAUUUAUUAAUUACUGCUGACAUACAGUAAAAGCUAUUUGCAUUGUGUUUUAAAUGACUAAUAAGGUUUUAUUUUUUAAUCUGGCAUUCUCUCCCCCCCGCCCUUUUUUUUUUAAGAUGAAUUCUAGUCAAGGUAUGAAAGCUUUAUUUCCAGUUGUCCUCAGUGUCUAUUGCUAUUAUUAAAUACAUGAACUACAGAAACAAGACUGAUAAUAAAUUAAGACUUUGUCAGACAUGCAUUUUUAAGGAGGCACUAAAAAUACUAUACUGGAACUUGCAACGUGUGUUUUAUGCAUCCCAUUUGUACAGGCUCUUUCCAGAAAAUGGACCCUACUUAUUUAUCUAUUUUAAUGUUGUCUGCUGCAGAAAGAAGGAAUGUCUCACCCCAAAUGACAAACUAACAGCUGACCAUUAACCCAGUAACAGUUAAUUAAAAUAUGUCUAAAAUAUUUUGUUUUAAUGUCUUCAUAAAGCUGACUAUAUUUUAGAGAUAGUUUAAAUAAAAGUUUUAGAAGAACUGUCAUGGAUGCUUUAGUUAUUUCCUUAAUUUGCUAUGAACUAUAUGUCAAAGGAAUUUACUAUAUAUAGGGUCAAUUAAUUAGUAAGACAUCUGAGUGCCACAAUGUACAAAAAGUAUUAUGAUCAAUGAUGGAGAUUACAGAUAUGUAUAGACAAUUUGGGUGGAAACUUGGCAAGUCAACAGCAAACUCCUGUUGAUUUCAAUGGAGUCAAAAUUUGCCCUUUAGGGUCUUGUUUUCAAUGUUCUAGCAGUGAUCCUCAGUUGGUGUAAACUGUCAUAGCUCCAUUAAAGUCAAUGGAGCUAUGAUAAUUUACACCAAUUGAGGAUCUGUCCCUAGAGCAGGUCAAGAGGCUUUUGUGUAAGUCAGAAUUGGACCCUAAUAUCCUGACUUUCAUAGGAUGCUGGAGCACCCACCACUUCAAUUGAAAUAAAUGGGAGAAGCUCAGCGCCUCUAAAAAUCAGACCCUUAGCAACUUUUAGCACUACAGAAAACCAAGCAGCAGAAUUCUCCAUCUGUAGCAGCUCAGUCUGACACAAUAAUGUAUGUCUAUAUUUCUUAAACUAGUAUUUCAAGCCUACUUUAAAAGUUCCACUUUUAGAAUCUCAGCAUGACCUAAUGUUUGUUUGUGAACUUGCACCCAGAGCCCUGCAGUGGGACUAGGAUCCUGCAGAACCUGCUGUCAUAAUAGUGGGAGUGGGUAAAAUGUACUUUGUUGCUGGCAAGAUUGGGUGGGCAAAAAAACCCACCAAAACUGGUAAUUUGCAGGAAAAACACUAAAUAUCUCGUCAGUUUGUCAUAAAUAGAACUUCAGAAAUGUAAAGCAAGUUUCUUUUAAUUUUAAAUAAAUGUUUUAAUGCUUAAAUUUAAGCAAGAGAUAGAAAGAUUUGAUGUCUAUUAUAACAGGAGUUAAAAGUAUUUUUACAUGGUUUAAGCAAGAUUUGUUUAUUCUUUUAGUGGUAAAAAUUUUGUCGUGUGUGUGUGUGUGUGUAUUAACCGACUGGUGUUUGUUUUUAAUAGGAUGGGAAGAUCUCUCUCACACAGGAUUUGCAGAAUCUAAGGUUUUUGCAGGUGGGAGUGGGAUAAAAAAUACAAGAAACAAUGCGGGAGCAGGUGAGAGUGGGUAUUGCAGAAGCAGGAUUUUAAAAAAAUAACCCCAUGCAGGGCUCUACUUACACCUUACUGGUUGUGUUGAGAUUGCUUGAAUACAUGUUCUGACAAAGAGGAAAUAUGCCCAUAAUAAAUUAAGAGUAAUAAAACACUAACCAUUUGCAGUAAUGAAUCUUGAUGCGUCUAAAAUUAGGCUUUGACAUUCAAAUUACAGGUUUGUUCUUUUUCUUUGUUUAGUGCAUAUUUUACCCUUGAUAACAAUGAAUAAUGCAUUUAUAAAUUGAUAUAAAAUUUGCCCACAAAUGCAAUGCUACUAAACAGUAAACAAUCUCAAAGCUUAGUUAUAAUACAGGGUUUAUAACAAUGCCACACACAUUCAUCUUUGAACAAGUUAAAUUUAAGGCUGAAUGACAUUCGUCUAUCUCACUGAAACAGCUCCCAUGUGCAAUUCUUCUGAGAGCACAAAGUUUGCACAAUCAUAAUUGUUCUCAUUUGGAAUGUAAAUAAUGUCCAUUAACACAAAGUGGAAUAGCAUCACAUGAAGUGUGUGAGCUGGAUAAUCAAUUUGAUGGCUCAUGACUUUUCCUUCAUUUUUAUCAAACUUAACAGGUUUAAACUGAGUGUUUGGGCCGCCUUAGAGGAGUAUCACAAACCUGAAUAUAUUUAAAUAUUUCUAAAUAUGGUAGACUGGCCUUUGGAAAUCUAAUAAGAUAUAUGUAAAUUUUUAUAAAGGGCCUGAUUCUGCUACCUGCUGUGUAGAAUUUACUCCAUGCAUAGUGUCUGCCAAUUUACAAAAAGCAGUUGAUAUCACUGGAGUAAUGGUGGCAGAAUGAAGCCCUUAAUUACUUGUUCCUAUCUUGUAAGUAGUUGUGCAAUUCCUGAAUACAAAUCAAUUUGAAAAUCCUUCAUUUUUGGGAAGGAUCAGGCCAUGCAUUGUUCUGAUUAGAAAAAUGAGUGUCCGUUUGUUAAAAUGGAGUGUUUUGUUAUAUUAAGGUCAACCUAAAUUAUUCUCAGAUCUCAGUGGAUUUUGUAAGGAAGACACAUUUGGAAGUUUCCUUGGGAGUAGCUGAACUUUGCAUGCUAUUAAUAGCAGCUUUGUGAGAAUAAAAAGCAGCUAAUGGUAUACUGCAAAAUUCAAUGUGCUCUUUUAGAAGUGUGUUUACUUGAAUAAACUAAUGGUACUUAUAAAAUGACUUCAUGACUAAAUAAGAAAGCUUUUAAAAUUAAUGUGCUGUAUCAUGGGACAUGUAUAAAAUCUUAAACUUGCACAUUUUCUAGACUCUGAUCUUCACCAGCUAUGUGUUUUCUGUUGCUAUCCCUUUGUAAUAUGGUGAAACUGCUCAGCACACACAAUACAACUGUUAAAUUGAAAAGUUAACAGUGUACUACUAUAGCUAUUUUCAAUGAGAUUUGAAUUUAAGAAUUAUCCAAAAAUUCUCUCCAGAUUGAAGCUGAUUCAACUAUGUAUUAAAAAUAGAUGUACAGUAAUAGUGGCAUGUUGCUAUUAUAUUAACAAAUGGAAGGGAUGUGGAGAUUUCAGACUCUUUAGAGACAGAGGCACAAACAUUGGUGGUUGCAUCAUGUGAGAGAGUUUGUAUAUUUUGAUGUAAAUGACAAAAUCUUGUAUAGUUACAUUCUGACUGAAAGGUUAAACAACAGUUUAUAAAAUGUGAUGUGUAUGUAUAUAUAUGUCCUCUUAAAAAUAGAUGUAUGCCCUGAUCCUUUUUUAUACUGGUUUGAAAAUGGAAUUACAUUAUAUACAUAUACUUUAUUGUUCUAAAUAAAGAUUUUAUGCA